AUCUCACUCAAAUUCAGAAAAUCUCUCUCCUUUCUUCUUGUCUCUCCUUAACCUUGCUACAUCUCUUCUUUCUUUUCUCUUCUUCAUCUCUAAUUUUCUCCUAAAAAACAAACAAAUUUUCAUUCGCUAGUGAAGAAAUCUAAUCUUGAUUGAAUAAAGGAUGUUUUGUUUACUGACAAGCUUAGAUCAGAAGAAAAACAUGAGCUCCUCUAGCUCUCCAUAAAAUACCAUGGCAUGAAUGAGACUAUAGACAUGAAUAAUAGAGAAAACGGGAUGGUUGUAAAGCAGGGGAUAGAAAAAGCUGAUGUGCGGGCUCCUGGUGCUAGAAAGAAAAAGAGAUUAAAAUUGGUAGCUCCCUUGUUGGAUAACUACAGCCUUGAAAAUAUACCUCAAGCAUCUAAGGUGACAAAUAUGGGAGAAAUGUCACUCCACAAACCUACUCAAGAGGAAGGAACUAAUUGGUUGGGUUUCAAUUUCGCACCAAUUGCACAAGCCCAUGAUUUUGAAAUGUCUUUUGAAAACAUUACUAGAAUUAGGAACUACGAGGCAAUAUACCAAGAAUGCAAAGCAACACUAGAAACACCAUCUCUUGCUCCUUCAACACAACAAGACUCUCAGUCUGAAAAAUAUUCAAUCAAUGCAACCCAAGUUGCAUCUUGUAUGCCACAAGAUGUUGCAAAUGCAACUCCAAUUCCAGCCAUUCCUCUAGUGGAGCAAGGCAACUUAGCUGCAAUAGCAAACAAUAUUGAAGUGGAUGCAACUCCUCCUAAUCUUUUGCUCAAACAAGACCCUGUGACUCUUACAACCACAAAGUUUGCAAUCAGUGCAACUCUUCCCACUUCUUGUAGGCAAGAAGAUUUUGUUGCAACUCGAACUCCUGUUAUUAUUCCUUCAGUGAAACAAGGCAACCCUUCUAGAAAAACAAACGAUACUGAAAUGAAUGCAACUCCUCCUAACCCUUUGCUCCAACAAGACUAUGUGACCCCUACAACUACAAAGUGUGCUAUCAAUGCAACUCUUGCUACUCCUUGUAUGCAAGGAGAUCUUGCCAAGGCAAAAUCUUGUGUAGGUGAUGAUGCAAAUCCAACUCCAACUCUUGCCAAUUCUCAUUUAGUGAAACAAGGCAACCCUUGUGGAAUAGCAAUCAAUACAAAAAUUGAUGCAACUCCUCCUAAUCCUUUGCUCCAACAAGACUCUACGAUUACAAACCUUGUGCUUGAUGCAGCUUCUCCUUCCAUAAAAUACCAUGGGAUGAAGAAUGAGAUUAUUGCCAUGAAGAAUGGAGAAGAUGGGACGGUUGUAAAGCCAGGGAUAAAAAAAGCAAGUGUGCAGGCUCGUGGUGCUAGAACGAAAAAUAGAAUAAAACUACCUGCUCCCUGCCCAACUAAGAGGAAGAGGAAGAAGACAGCUAGUGAAAACCUGUGGGGGACGAAUUCCGCUCCGACCAUGCACUUGGAUGAAAAAAAUUCAACUGUAUUGGAAGGAGGUAAUGAGGAGGAAGGGAUGGAAGCAAAGGUAAACCAGAAAGAAGAAGAUGUAAAAAAACAACAGGAGGGGAAGAGCAAUGAGUUAGAUGAGCUAAAUGCAACCAAAUUAGCAUUGGACACCAUGGAAGCACAGUUUAAUGCGACCAAGCAAGCAUUGACAAUUGCGGAGGCAAAGCUUGACAGUAUGAUUGAGAUCGAAAGGCAGAAUCGAAAACGUCUUCAAGCUUUAAAUAAUGGCACCAAGAAUCCAACUCCCUCAAAGGAGAAAUGUCACUCCACAAACCUACUCAAGAGGAAGGAACUAAUUGGUUGGGCAAUAUACCAAGAAUGCAAAGCAACACUAGAAACACCAUCUCUUGCUCCUUCAACACAACAAGACUCUCAGUCUAAAAAAUAUUCAAUCAAUGCAACCCAAGUUGCAUCUUGUAUGCCACAAGAUGUUGCAAAUGCAACUCCAAUUCCAGCCAUUCCUCUAGUGGAGCAAGGCAACUUAGCUGCAAUAGCAAACAAUAUUGAAGUGGAUGCAACUCCUCCUAAUCUUUUGCUCAAACAAGACCCUGUGACUCUUACAACCACAAAGUUUGCAAUCAGUGCAACUCUUCCCACUUCUUGUAGGCAAGAAGAUUUUGUUGCAACUCGAACUCCUGUUAUUAUUCCUUCAGUGAAACAAGGCAACCCUUCUAGAAAAACAAACGAUACUGAAAUGAAUGCAACUCCUCCUAACCCUUUGCUCCAACAAGACUAUGUGACCCCUACAACUACAAAGUGUGCUAUCAAUGCAACUCUUGCUACUCCUUGUAUGCAAGGAGAUCUUGCCAAGGCAGAAUCUUGUGUAGGUGAUGAUGCAAAUCCAACUCCAACUCUUGCCAAUUCUCAUUUAGUGAAACAAGGCAACCCUUGUGGAAUAGCAAUCAAUACAGAAAUUGAUGCAACUCCUCCUAAUCCUUUGCUCCAACAAGACUCUACGAUUACAAACCUUGUGCUUGAUGCAGCUUCUCCUUCCAUAAAAUACCAUGGGAUGAAGAAUGAGAUUAUUGCCAUGAAGAAUGGAGAAGAUGGGACGGUUAUAAAGCAAGGGAUAAAAAAAGCAAAUGUGCAGGCUCGUGGUGCUAGAACGAAAAAUAGAAUAAAACUACCUGCUCCCUGUACCAAGGCAAAAUCUUGUAGAAGUGAUGAUGCAAGUCCAACUCCAAAUCUUGCCAAUUCUCAUUUGGUGAAACAAGGCAGCCCUUUUGGAGUAGCAAUCAAUAUUAAAAUUGAUGCAACUCCUCCUGAUCCUUUGCUCCAACAAGACUCUGCAAUUACAAACCUUGUGCUUGAUGCAGCUCCUCUCUCUAUUAUUGCCAUGAAUAAUGGAGAAAAUGGGAUGAUAAUUGCUUACUUUUUUUUGGAGUAAAUUAUAAGUAUGUCCUCAAUCUUUAUAAACCAAGCUAUUGAGUCCUUAUAUAGCUCUCCUUGUUCAUAUUGAUAUGUAGGUUGUAGGGCAGGGGAUAAAAAAAUGCUGAUGUGAAAGCUUGUGGUGCUAGAAAGAAAAAGAAUUAAACUGC